UGUUUGCAACCCUACGUAGAUUAAUUUUUCUGAUAGAACAAGGAGGAAAAGCGAAUAAAAAGAAUAAUGAGUGUUAUUUUAUCGGUGCUUAAUGGACCCAUGUCCCAUACCGUGUUCUUAGGUUACAAGAUUAAUUACUACGAUCUUGUAAAUUUUUGUCUAAUCUGUGUUACUCGACAGUUAAAAUGAACUAGAAUUCUAGUCGUAAUAUUUAUUACCUAUGAAUUUACCACCCAUAUGUCAAAACAAAAAUAUGAAGAUCGAGUUCUCAAAUCUCAAUAAAAAUUAAAAAACUUAAACAAUCGAAAAUGGAUUCUUCAGAAGCAGAGGAAUCGGAAAAUUUAAAUUCUAAGCUUGGUUUUUCUAAUUUUAAUAAUCAAACAUCAAUUACAAAUAGUAAAAAUAAUAUAAUACAUAAAUUAUUUAAUAGAGAGGUGUAUGGUAGUACAUCUAAAAAGUCGAAUGAAAGACAUCGUAAGGUAUUAGACAGGAUACCAGCGCGCCUACGGUUCUGUCUGAUGGACAUUGUUCCUAUAGAAUGUUUAAGAAACCACAUAUUCAUGGGAUUUUCGCAAUGUGGACAGUUCCUUCUUAGUUUCACGUUUAGCAGUAGAACACGAGGAUUUGAAGAGAGUACCAAGUACACAUUACAUUUCCUCUCAUGGGUGCCUGGAAAGUUAGUGAAGCCAGUACACAGUGUGCCUAUUUUUGGAGACGAAUGUGUGGACAGCAACAUCACAAUAUCUAUGGCUCAAUGGAAGCAUAAUACUAGUGUUUUAGUUGUUUAUGGCAUUGCGAAACACGAUUUAUGUUCUGAUAGAUCCUACCUCAGUGUUAUUGGAGUACCUCAAUUAGGAUGUAGGAAAUGUUCUUCCAUGUCUAAAGAAGAUGACCUCAGCUGGGGUCAACGUUGCUUAGAACACAACUUUGCAAUUCACACAAAAUUCUUUUGCACAUCGGAUAGUAAUAUAUAUGAACCAGUAGUACACCUAGCAUAUUCAAAUCAAAUUGUGAUAUACACAGACUUUAUACAUGUUCUAGAAAUAGACUUUGUUAAGCCGGACCAUGAUAAAAUAGAUAACCUUGAAGAGAAAGUUACUGUAGAUAGAGAAGAAAAUGGCUCGGUGGAUAUGAAUCCUGCUACACCACCUUCAGAUUUUUCUACCCCGUUCCUCUCUCCGAAAUACCAAACCAAUGUAGUGCAGAAUAUACUGGCGGAUUUUUCCGACUUAGAAAUGGAGCCAAAUCAAAUAUCACGGCCAGUUUAUUUACCUGAUAUGAUGGGCCAAGAACUCUGCAUACAAGCAUCUUCAAUAUCACACUAUCUAAUGGAGGAAUGGGAGGGACCAUCACCAUCGAUCAGGACUUUAAUAAGUCCUCCGUUGCGGUCCCCAAGAAGAAACCCAGCCGAGAGUAUGUCCAGAUUUAACGAAUCUCAUAGAGUUAUAGCUGAUAAGGCAUAUGAAUUUGUUGAAGAGACGGAAAAGUGUGAAAAACUUAGUAUGUUUAGAAAACGACGCCUAGCAGAUAAGAAAUAUGAAUUUUCAGAGGAUAAUAACGAGAAUAUCAUUCCGUUUAGAGUUUUAAGAAGUAAUAGAAAGUAUUUCACUGGUUCAACAAGUAAGGUUAGGAGGGCAAAGUCGCCAUCUGUGGAAAGUGUGGUGUUGCGGGCUCACAACCAAAUCAGUAGACCGGCAUCUCCAACGACAAGUACGGAUCUAAAGGAUACCAAUAUGUUGAUGGAAUCUGACAGAAAUAGUGAAUCGGAGUAUAGAGUCACCGAAAUGUUGGACGAUGGAUCUCUUAAAACAGUGUCUGUACAUGAUAAUACCUCAAAGACAUUAUCGGACUGCCCAGUUAGUGCUCAAGAUCCAUAUUUAGUGCAUUCAGGGAAUUCUAAGUGUAGUAAACUGUAUACGCGGUAUUUUGUUGAAAGUGACGAUGAAAUAACUUCCAUUUUGACAGAUUCUGAUGACGAUUGUAUAUCCGGGUACCACGUAGCGUUACCUCUGACGGGCCAUGGAGCCAGCUAUACCCCCCUACAGGCCAUCAGCUCUGGGGCAUGGGACAGAUUAAAAAGCAGUUCACCCCCUGCCUUACCACCACUCACCUUAAGGGCGCAACAAAGAUCCUUGGACACAGAGUUACUAUGCAAUGAAGUGUGCGGUAGGCUUUGCAAGAUCUCAGGCAAGAAGUUCAUAUACUGCUUCGAUUGGGGCUGUCAUGUGAUUGAUGUGUGCCAGUCUAGUGGCUGUCUUUCAGGGCUUUGCGCCAUGUGGUUGUGGGCGAGUGACCCUCGGGAAAGGGGCGAAGAGGACGAGGGCUGGUGCGAGGCGUGUAAGGAUGCCGCGGGGGGAUGCGUCAUGCAUCGCAGGCAGUACACCGCCGAGUGCUUAUUUACAUACAACUUGGUGAGUGGCGAAUAUCUGACUGAGAAAGUGGCCAUGACAGAAGAUAACAGCCAGGAAGGUUGUCGAGUAUCGGGCGCAGUACGCGCCCGUGAACUUGCAAAGCAACUUGGCCCUAUCAAUUUCCCACCUCAUGAGAACCGGCUGCUGACAACGCUUACUGGCAAAUCCCUCAGGAGGUUAACAGAUUUUGACAAUUGUGUGGAAAUAACAAAAAAACACGAUGACAGCUCGGAAUCGGAAUACUCUUCAGACGAAAUCUCUCCCUCUGAUGACGAAGACUGAUAUUAGUGUUUAGAGACAUUUAAAUUGUAUUGUAUUUUUUACCGAUUUUUAUGUUUUGACAAUGAGUUUGACAUUGACACAAAGGAGCCAAACAAAGGAGUCGAUGAAAAACAAUAUACAUUGUGGGUAUAUAAUUUUUUUGAUUAAUAGAAAUGUGAAAUCGUAUGUUUAUAAAAAAGGAGGGGCAAAAGGAGUCAGUUUUAUGAAUUUUUUCUUUUGUUUUAGUGUCAUACUUUUUGCAUUAUAGAUUCAGUGUCUGAUUCCUUAUAAUAAAACACCGGGUGUGUUUAGUAUAUAAAAUGUUUGUUGUAUACUCAGAAAUAAAUACUUCUUGAAAUGUUUUUUUAAGGGUCUCUUAGUAAUAACAUGUAAUUUUGAAAUACAAUGGUACUGGUAUGUAAUGUGCUGGAAAUCAGUGUAUGAAAUAAAAAAAUAUAUGGCUAAGUUUAGAUGAAAAAAGAUUUGUAGGACAUUGAUAAUGAACCCAACAUUGUCGUUGGAAAGGUUUAUAUUCAUAUCUAUAAGAAAGAUAUUCUAAACAAGAUAUCUUUAUCUUACCUUAAAGAAAGAGACGACAUAUCUAAAUUAAAACUACCUAUACCACAUUCUAAAUGUAAACAUUUUAAUCUGUCAAAUUGACAAGUAUUAAAAUGAAACUUCAAUUCUGAGUAUAUUAUGGCACUUUUUUCCGCGCUAAGCCAUUUGGCAUAGUCAUUAAAAAGGGCUUAACAGCUUUUUCAAAGUUCAGACUGACGACGCAUUCGAGAGACUUCUGGCGUUGUAAUUGUCCAUGGGCGGUACCACUUAAUAUCAUCUGAGCCUGCUUACCGUGUGCCCCAUGCGCUAUAAAAUACCACCAUACACAAGAUUAGCUAUUAUCUCUUAGAAUACGGACCUUAGUUGGCUGUGACUUCUAACAAAUUGUAACACAGGACUCGAAUGAUAUUCUGUUUUUUAACUGGAAAACUUGCUCUCAAAAUAAGACUGAUAUAAAAUAAAGCAAUAAAUUUAAAACGCAAUUACAUUUCAUCCGUAUUUAACGUCAUAAUGAGAAUAUCUUCUUGAUAUUGUUUAUAGAUUGCAUUUGAUAUUCUAUAUCAAAACGAAGUCACUAAAACUUAUCAACCUUUCAAGAUAAUUUUUUAGAUCUAUUAAAUUAAAUGACCAAAAAUAAUACAAAAUCUACAAUUCACUAGUAUUAGUUAGUAGCGGCACGAAACUCUAGCGCUGACAGUUAUUGCGCAGAAGUAAAAAAAUAAGGUACCGGAGGGGGGCUAGGGGAAUGAAGAGCGUCGAUUGGCUCUCCAGUCGCAUUCCGGCCCCCGCACCACACUACACAUGCGCAGCAAUCCCCUCCACGUAUCGGCCAGCGCUAGACUUACGUGCCUAUAAUAAUAUGAUGUUCUACUUUCGAAAAAGGCUCUCAUGCACUAAAUCAGGUUUAUAAGUAAAAUUAUACCCUCAAUGCUUUAAGAGCAUAUAUUAUUUGAAAGGGUUAUUGAUUGCUUUAGUUUCGCAUAAUACAUUUAUCACAAGUUUUAGUGUUUUAAAAAUUAAUUAUAAACAUAUAUCAUCACAAAUAUUGAUAAAAACGCAAAUUUAAUAGCAGUAUAAGUACAAGGAAUAAUACGCUUGCUUAAUAGUAAUAUCAAAUCUGUGAAAAUUGUAUUGCCAUACAUUUUAUUUUAUAGAAAUGCUCUUAGUAUUAGAAUGGUAUUAUAAGAUUUCGACUUUCAGAUAUUUUGUCGAAUAAAACCUAAGUUAUACAGUAUAUUAGCAAUAUUUAGAGUUUAAAUGGACAACGAAAAUCCUAAUAUCUUACCCCUAUAUUUUUUGUCCUUGCCCUUUUCAUAAAUAUACUUUAACCACUAAGUUAUUUAUAUCGGUUAAUACAUACAUAAUAAUUUGGUCCUUAUCACUCUAGGCCAUUAAAUAACAUCGCAUAGUUUUUCCUAUUGUAGAUUCAAAGUAUGUUUAUACGGAGGGUAAAUAUUUUGUUUAUAUUGAUGUCAGACAUUAAUUCCUUUCAAUUUCGCUAAUUAAUGUAUUAAACAAUUUGAUGUAUAAAUGUUUUGUAAAGAAACGAAAAAGGUUGUGUGUUUUGAUACUGGUUAUGUGUUUUAUGAUAAUAAUUUGUAAAUAGCCUUGAUCAUCUACAAUUUUGAGGUUUUUACUAGUCAUUAAAAAAAAAAGAUUAAAAUUACUAUCUUUUUAUGUCAAAGCAAGUAGCAGUUCAUUAAUGUUUGUUUACUUUUUUGAAAUUUAUAUGAUGUAUAAGUUGCUUAGUGUUUAUUGCUAUUCAAAGCCUUUUUACAUACUAUUGCAGUAUUUAAAGUCAUAAAAAUGUCUAAACAAAAACUGGUUUAUACAAUUUGUAGGAAUGUCUGCUCCAGUAAUUGAGAAACUGAUAUUCCUUAUCAUGAUUACUGUGAAUGGUAUUUGCCUGGCAUAUUUUUAAUUCUAUAAGAAACAAGUCACAAGUUUGUAGAUGAUCUAAAUGUAUGGAAUUUAAUUAUUAAAACCUACUCGACAAUCCCUCAAUGGAUUAAGAUAUUGCAUUUAUAUUAUAAUGUAGUCGCAAUAUUAAAUUGACUUGCCAUUGAUUGUUUAAAUAGUAAUUGUAAUAAAUAUUGAAAUUA